UGUACCAGAUAGGUGUUGUUUGCAAAACGGUCGCAGGUAAACGACCGAUUUUCUGGGGAACUACCGGAGAAGUGACGGCAGACAGAAUCUGCAGCAGAAUUUAUAUCGGAAUUAUCAACAUCCACAUUGAUCUGCAUAACUGUACAGUGACACUCUUCGACGUCUAGGAUUUUAAUAAGUUUUCCCAAGAGCUAUGGGAAUUGAACCACUCUGUUACACAGACAGAACAAGCUUCAGACCAACAUGACGGAGGAAUACAAGAAAUCAACUCGUCAUGGGAUUUUCAUCACCCCCAUCCAGCAGAUGAUUUCCUCAUGCAGCGGUGCUUUUCUUACAUCACUGUUUGUUACACCUUUCGAUGUCGUGCGAAUUCGACUGCAGGCCCAGAAGAAGCCGCUGUCCAAGGGGAUGUGUUUCAUGUACUGUAACGGACUCAUGGAUCACGUCUGUGCCUGCGUCAAUGGCCAGGUGGCCGAGGCACAGUGGUACAGGAAAGGUGGACACUUCACUGGGGUGCAGGAUGCGUUUGUCAAGAUUGUCAAAACAGAAGGAAUUGGAUCUUUGUGGAGUGGCUUGCCACCAACUCUAGUGAUGGCCAUUCCCGCGACCGUGAUCUAUUUCUCAUGUUACGAGCAGCUGAAGGUUGUCCUGAAGUACCAGGAUGGACAACGGUCAGAUUGGUGGAAGCCCAUGGUUGCUGGAGCUUCUGCUCGAGUGUGGGCUGUUUCUUUGAUAAGUCCAAUGGAGAUGAUCCGUACCAAGAUGCAGUCGGAACAACUGACGUACAAACAGAUCCGCGAGGCCGUUAGGCGAACCAUCAACAACAGAGGAGUGCUCUCCCUUUGGCGAGGCCUGGCCCCAACCCUUAUGAAAGACGUUCCGUUUUCAGCAUUCUAUUGGUUCAGCUACGAAAAUAUGAAAACGUAUGUUUUGUUAACACGGGGAAACGCAGACAUGACUUUUCUUGACAGUUUUUCGGCUGGAGCAUUUUCUGGAACGAUGACCGCGAUUCUGACACAACCCUUUGAUGUGAUCAAAACUCACAGACAGAUAGAACUGGGAGAAAUAAUGACGCAUGCACGGAAUAAGGAAAUCACGUCAACUUGGGUGUUGAUGAAAAACCUGUACGAGGUUCAUGGAGUAAAGGCGCUGUAUACAGGACUUCUUCCGAGAAUUGCCAAGGUUGCCCCAGCGUGUGCCAUCAUGAUCAGUUCAUACGAGUACUUCAAGAAGUUCUUUCGCAAUUUGAAUGAGAGCAAACAAGCCCAAUCUGAGCCCAAGCGUCUGGAUUCGUGACUGUGAACGAAAAUCAUAACAACUGUGUUUGAACCAAAGAUUAACACUUGUAAUAUGAUUUUCAAGUCGGAGGUCUACAUGAAAACCAAUAGUUUUGUUUAGUUAAAGAAAGACACUAUUUUAAAGUGACAGUCCCUAGUUUUUAAACACUAUGACAUAUUUGUCACUAACAGAGCUGUUUUUGAUAGUUGAAAUUGAAUAUUGAUUAGAUUUUAUUGAUUAGAUAAUCCAUUGCCGUACUUCUGAAGUGUUUUUGGUCAUCCUGGUGUUUCUAAUACCACGAAAUGCAUUUAAAAAAUAUAUAUAUACCUGUGAGAAGUAACGGUUAUGGAGACAAUUAAGCUCCAGUCUAUUUUUGAAGGGUAUUUCCCUGUUUCAAUGUCACAGACUCUUGUUUUAGUAUAUUGUAACUUUAUCCAAGUGGGUAACACAUUUAUAAAGUUAAACAAACUUAGUGUCCAGUUUCACUGGUUGAAACUAGAGUCUGUGACGUUAAAUGAUCAGUCAUCAAAUGGCUUUGUUUGUUUUAAUCUCGUAACUUGGAGAGAAGACCUUUAAUUUGUUUUAUAUGCAACACUAUAGUACAUGUGCAUGUUGAAGUCCAGAAACAGUCGUAUAGAUAACAGUAUUUUUAGCUAUACAAUCUCACUUGGAUUGGGUUUUAAAAAAGCUUGUGAAACAACGAAAGUUGUGCUUAGUUGAUAUUGUUUUAAUCAGACGUUAUUUAGUAGUAAGUUUGCCACAUUGUUAACAAUGUGGGGUGUGAGUUAGCUCAGUAGGUUUAGUGCUCGCUUGAGAUGCUUGCCUCACAGGAUCGAUCUACCUCGGUGGAUCCAUUAAGCUGAUUUGGGUUUUUCUUGUUCCAGUCAGUGCACUACAGCUAGUCAAAGCCCAUGGUAUGUGCU